AUGGCGAAAAGGAUAUUCACGAUGCUUGAAUGUCAAUCGUUACUGGAGAAUUUCUCGCCGUUUAUAGAUAUCAAACGCUCAAAACGCUUCUCUGAUGAAUCAGCGACCGAUACGACCGAUGAUGAUACUAGUAGUUUGUUUUCAAACGCGUUUCUCGGAUUCCCACAGUUACCUGAAGAACCAAACCGCGAUUCGGAUAAAAGCGUUUUGUGUCGAAUCUGCGUUCGAUUACCCGACGGUAGAAAAAUACAGAGAAAUUUCCUCAAGAGUGAAUCUGUUCAGCUUCUUUGGUCCUUUUGUUAUUCACAGAUUGAUGAUCAAUCAGAGAAUAAUAAGAAGAAGAAACCAUUCAAGCUGAUUCAAGCGUUUCCUGGAUCGUACAAGACUCUUCACUACGGAUCUAAUACGACUUUUGAACAAUCUGGGCUUGCGAAUUCCGUAGUCUCGGUGACUUGGGACUUGGUCCCUUGGAUGGAUUCAUCUUCUCCUUCUCCCAAAAAAUCUGGAGAACCAUGCAGUUUCGAUUUCCUCUUUAGUAAUCUCUCAUUCGCCAUUUUUCUCUUCUUCUCCGAUUUGUUGUCUACUUCUCUUCUCUUGUUUAGCGAAUUUCUUCCGUCUUCUUCCAUGAGUUCUAGAGAUAGAGGAUCGCCUUCUUCUUUACCAGCAAUUGAUCAGUAUAACGAAACUGUGAAGAAUCAGAUACAAGCACUUGUUCGUGUUAUCAAAGUUGCUCGUACCUGUAGAGAAGACAAUGUCCCUUCCCAAAUUGAAGAGGGUCUCUAUCUUGGAUCCGUUGCAGCAGCCGGCAACAAGAAUGUAUUGAAAUCUUACAACGUUACACACAUCUUAACCGUAGCUAGCUCGUUGAGACCAGCUCACCCUGAUGACUUUGUCUACAAGGUUGUUCGAGUUGUGGAUAAGGAAGACACAAAUUUGGAAAGAUACUUCGAUGAGUGUGUCGAUUUUAUUGAUGAAGCUAAGAGACAGGGCGGUAGUGUUCUUGUCCACUGCUUCGUUGGAAAAUCACGGAGUGUCACUAUAGUUGUUGCUUACCUCAUGAAGAAACACGGAAUGACCUUAGAUCAAGCAUUGCAACUUGUUAAGAGCAAAAGACCCGUGGCAAGUCCUAAUGCCGGUUUCAUCAAGCAAUUACAAGACUUGGAGAAGUCUAUGCAAGGGAAGCAAGAACCGAUUGCACAAUGUCAAGCGUGA